ACUUCAGUCUGAAGUUUUAAGAGGCCGACAUGGAGAGGACUCAAACUACAGGCAUGGGGGCACAACUCAUAAAAAUGCAAAAUGACCACAAGUUGAGUGUUUACAGGAAAUUACAACCUGAAUUUUGAGUACCUUAGAAGAAGAAUAAUAACCAAGCCUCUAAAACCAGUGCUGCCACUUCUUUUGGAAGAUCAUGUCAUGUCAGAUGUCAGAAAAGGAUAAAGACAGGUGUAUUCAGACUGGUAAUACUUUCUACAAUUGCUUACUAAAACUUAAUUGUUCCAUAAAUAACUUUAUUCAAUUACUCACCAAUUACCUGGGCUGCCAAAUACCUUGUAUCAUUGUGAAUGAAAGUGGAACAGUUAAGGAUUAUUUUGAAGAAGUAGUAUGUUCUUUGAGAAGGGUCCAGUGUGAUAUUGACAGAGCUGAGAGCUGUUCUCAGUAUUCGAAGAUAAGUAUGACCUCAGUGAAGGAGCCCUGUCUGAAGAUAGAGCCCUGUCUGAAGAUGGACCCCUGUCUGAAGAUAGAUCCCUGUCUGAAGAUAGACCCCUGUAUGAAGGUGGACUCCUGUCUGAAGAUGGAAUCCUGUCUGAAGCUGGACCCCUGUAGUCCUUGUAACCCCUGUUCCCCUUGUUCCCCUUGUCCCCCUUGUCCUCCCUGUUUGAAGCUGGACCCCUGUAACCCCUGUUCCCCCUGUAUAAAGCUGGACCCCUGUAGCCCCUGUGUCCCCUGUAUAAAGCUGGACCCCUGUAACCCCUGUAACCCCUGUAAACCCUGUCCUCCCUGUCCUCCUCUCUGUCCUCCCUGUCCCCCCUGUCUGAAGCUGGACCCCUGUAACCCCUGUUCCCCCUGUAUAAAGCUGGACCCCUGUAACCCCUGUAACCCCUGUAAACCCUGUUCCCCUUGUCCUCCUCUCUGUCCCCCCUGUCCUCCUCUCUGUCCCCCCUGUCCCCCCUGUCUGAGUCCCUGUCUGAAGAUAGACCCAUGCCUGAAAAAUGCAACAAAAAAAUUGUGUGAAACAGCUAUUUCUGACUGCGCCCAGCUGCCACUUAUUCUUAUGCUGAAAAAUGUCAACUUCUUUGAAUGUAUGGAAUGUGCGCUUUCGCAGCUGAUGAAAUCUUCAAUUAUGAGCCUACGUCUGACUGACUUACAUAAUCCCUGUGAACCACCCUGUUGUCCUAAACCUUCUUCAAGUUGCUGCCCAGCUUUAACACCUACAGAUAUCUUAGAGAAGUUGAGCAACCUGGUGGAAUGUCAAACCUCCAUGAAUCCCUCAUGUGCAGAUAAUCUCCAAGAAAUUAUCAAGACUAUGGAACCUGUUGCAGACAAACUACAACAAGUCGCUAGGGCUAUAGAAAACAAUCUGGACUUACUAAAAUGUACUAAGUAGCUCUACAAUUAGUAAGUAGUAGAACUGCAGAGGACAUGUUUUGCUUAGUAGAAGAGCAGUUCUCAUCCAAUGAUUUCUCACCAUAAAAAGCUAGGAAAUACCUUUAGAAUUGCAAGAUUCGCAACUAAGGUGCUUAGAUUUCAGGAAAUCUAAGCCAGUUAUUUUGAAGUAUGAAGCUAGGCAGCUGUCAAACAGCAAAUCAUUUACUUCUCUUCUUGAUUGUUUAAAACUCAAAUAAAAUUCCCUUUGGAGUGGCAUCUGCAUUAAAAAAAAUAUAAAAAAUUUUUAAAAGACUUA